GAAGAAGAAGAAGGAAACACUUCCGUACAGUCAGUCUAACAGCCAGGCUCUCUGAAGUAGCUAGAUUCAGCCAGAAAAUGACUAAAAUUAAAGACAAAAGACGCGAGAAAACCAGUGUCGCCACUGAGAUAGACCGUUUGGAGGAGCGGCGGACGCGAUGCAAAGACAACCUGGACAGGGUUGAGUUCAGGAGCAGAAAGGAGAAGCUCUCUGAGAAGGACAGGCAGGACCUGGAAGAUGAAAUGACCAUCAUUAAUGAGAGGGUGCUAAAGUUAGACAAGGAGCUGCAGACGUUAAGAGGAGAGAAUCGGAGGAACAUGCUGAUGUCAGUCUCUCUGCUGGUCAUCAGUGCUCUCUUCUACUUUGUGUUUUUCUACAAUGAAGAGGACUCAUGAUACUAAAUGCUGUCAUAAAGGGACUUUUUGCUCUUAAAAACCUCGGGACAGUGUUGUGAUGAGGUCAUGAUUGUGUACACACUUUCUGUGUUGAGGAAACUCCUCUGUUCUGCCUCUAGAUGGCAGCAUUGUCUUGAGCUUUUCUGGUCGUCAUACUUUAGUCAUCCUGAGCAGUCAGUGAGCGAUCAGUUUUGUAUUUUCCUCAGCAUGUACACUUGUAAUUUUUUAUCUAUAUACAACAUUCUGUCACAUAACUAACUAAUGCCACAAAUAAACACCAAAGUAAUAAUGCUUUUAUACAAUAUGUCAAAGAGAUGCUUCACAAAAUUGUGCCGAUUUAAGUCUGAUGUAGCUUUUCAGUCACAUGUAAACACGUGUGUGAUAACGGAGGUUGCAUGUCACGUGUGCCGUUAAUGAUAGAAAUAUUUGAUACAGAAUGUUUUCUCGUAACAUUGAAUAAAACCUAAAGAAUGCCAUUUUUAGUUGUAAUACUCAUGCUGGCCAUGCUGACCUUUCACUUAUAAUGCAAAACACGUGCACAAAUCUCUCUUUCGUUUAAAAAAAAAAAAAAACGUAUGAGAAGAAUUGGGUUUGGUCUUAUAACUGAUUUGUUUAUAUGUUAGUUGGUAUUAUAUAUUUUUUUCAUUUAUAAAUUAAACUUUACAAUUUUUGGAAGCUUA